CGAAAUAGUGUUCGUGCCACGUAGCGGAGGUGGCAGAUUCGGAUCCUCAUCUUCGUGCAGCAGCAUGCAGUGGUUCGUGCCCUACAUCUACGUGCCCAGCAUGGACGUGGGCAUCGUCGAGAUUGUCACGCCGCUGGGUAACAUCACAGUUCCGCUCUUUAUAAGCCAGUUCUACGGCCUCCUCGUCGCGCUGGGCCUCAUUGCGCUCACGGUCAUCUGGCACGCCUGCGGUGGCCGCUACGAGCCCGAGGAUGAUGCGCCGUACACGAAGCGCACGUCCAAGAAGGCCAAAGCCAGGGCGAAGGCCAAAGCCGCGAAGGAGGCCGAAGCCGCGGACGGCAAUGACGCCGACGACGACGCCGAGGACGACGACGAGAGCGAAGCGCGGUCGGCGCUCGCAGACAACAUCUCGCGCAACGGCGAGAACAGCUACUACUACGCCCACAAGGUGCGCGAGAUCGACAACACGCCGAUGACGCUCAAGCAGACCAUCUCGCAGUACGGCUGGUCCGACGGCCGCAAGACGGUGACCAUUUACGUCGACCACCCGGCGGCCGGCGACGUUGCGAAGGACGCCGUGUCGAUCCACUGGAGCGCGACGUCGCUCUCGCUCGACAUCACGUUUGACGAGAAGGACGUGCGCAGCCUCGUCGUGCCCAAGCUCUACGGCCCGAUCGCCGACGUCUCGUACAAGGCGAAGCGGGACUCGCUCGUCUUUACGCUCGUCAAGAAGCAGCACGAGCCGUGGAAGUCGCUCAACGCCGCCGCCAAGAACUUGGAUGCACACAUCGAGUACGACGAGAGUCUCUACGAUUAGCGGCGUCCGAUCUGUCUAAAAAAACGCAGCGAUUGCAUUGACCACGA